UUCCGGCGUGGCCGGUGGAGUGGGAGAAGGCGCGCGGCCCUCGCCGCUGUCUCCCUCCCUCACGCUCUCUCGGGCAACAUGGCGGGUGUGGCGGAGGCAGCGGCCUCUGGCAGUCACCUGAAUGGCGACCUGGAUCCGGACGAGCGGGAGGACGGAGCUGCCUCCACGGCUGAGGAGGCAGCCAAGAAGAAGAGACGGAAGAAGAAGAAGAGCAAAGGGACCGGCUCAGCAGGGCAGCAGGAACCUGAUAAAGAAGCCACAGUGGAUGAGGUAGCAACACAGUUGGAAAAACAAGCUCUGGAAGAAAAGGAAAGAGAUGAUGAUGACGAAGAUGGUGAUGGUGAUGGAGAUGGAGCAGCUGGAAAGAAGAAGAAAAAGAAGAAGAAGAAGAAAGGAUCAAAAGUUCAAACAGACCCUCCCUCAAUUCCAGUAUGUGAACAGUAUCCAAAUGGUGUCUAUCCCAAAGGACAGGAGUGCGAAUACCCCCCCACACAAGAUGGGCGAACAGCUGCUUGGAGAACUACAAGUGAAGAAAAGAAAGCUUUAGAUCAAGCUAGUGAAGAAAUUUGGAAUGAUUUUCGGGAAGCUGCAGAAGCACAUCGACAAGUUAGAAAAUAUGUUAUGAGCUGGAUCAAGCCGGGAAUGACAAUGAUAGAGAUCUGUGAAAAGCUGGAAGACUGCUCACGCAAGCUAAUCAAAGAAAAUGGAUUGAGUGCAGGCCUGGCAUUUCCUACUGGUUGUUCUCUCAACAAUUGUGCCGCCCAUUAUACUCCCAAUGCUGGAGACACAACAGUAUUACAGUAUGAUGACAUCUGCAAGAUAGACUUUGGAACACACAUAAGUGGAAGAAUUAUCGACUGUGCUUUUACUGUCACUUUUAAUCCUAAAUAUGACCAAUUAUUAAAAGCAGUGAAAGAUGCUACUAAUACCGGAAUAAAGUGUGCUGGAAUUGAUGUUCGUCUGUGUGAUGUUGGUGAGGCCAUCCAAGAAGUUAUGGAAUCCUACGAAGUUGAAAUAGAUGGGAAGACAUAUCAAGUGAAACCAAUCCGUAAUCUAAAUGGACAUUCAAUUGGGCCAUAUAGAAUACAUGCUGGGAAAACAGUUCCCAUUGUAAAAGGAGGGGAAGCUACAAGAAUGGAGGAAGGAGAAGUAUAUGCCAUUGAAACCUUCGGUAGUACAGGAAAAGGUGUUGUUCAUGAUGAUAUGGAAUGCUCACAUUACAUGAAAAAUUUUGAUGUCGGACAUGUGCCAAUAAGGCUUCCAAGAGCAAAACACUUGUUAAAUGUCAUCAACGAAAACUUUGGCACCCUGGCCUUCUGCCGCAGAUGGCUGGAUCGCUUGGGAGAAAGUAAAUAUCUGAUGGCUCUGAAGAAUCUGUGUGACUUGGGCAUUGUCGACCCAUAUCCACCAUUGUGUGACAUUAAAGGAUCGUAUACAGCGCAGUUUGAACAUACCAUACUGCUGCGUCCAACAUGUAAAGAAGUGGUCAGCAGAGGAGAUGACUAUUAAAUUUAGUCCAAAGCAACCUCAACAUCUUACUUUCUGAGUUUUGUUGGAAUACAUUGUACCAGAAUUAAUUUACAAUAUCUAUUUUAACAGUGGACCUGUGUAAUACUUUUAUCCAUGUUUAAAGAAAAUCGAUCAAAGGCAAAACAUCUGAUGUAAUUAACCAAGGAAAAAGCAUUCAGGACUUUGAAAUGUUAAUUGCUUUUCCCUGUCUAGGAAAUGCUAGAAAGCUCAAAUUAGUUAGGAAUGACUUACCCAGUUUUGUUUUGAACAGCUAAGAGAUGCUUUUUGGAUAUUUAUAUUGCCAUAUUCUUACUUGAAUGCUUUGAAUGACUACAUCCAAGUUUGCACCUCUGCCCUCUGGUAUUGCUUUUUAACCUUCCUGGAAUCCAUUUUCUAAAAAAUAAAGACAUUUUCAGAUCUGAAA